UAUGGCGUAUUUACCUAAAAAUGCGCUGUGCAAACAUAACAUAAUGCUCUUAAUGCUGAUAUAAUUUGUGCAGCAAUGCCUUACUGUUUGAGUACUUCUGAGACUAAUAAAGUGACAAAGCCACAUUUGCUACAUUUUUUAUGCCGCUAGGCGUCGACUCGUCUUUGCUUGGUGACAUUAAAACGCGAUUGAGAAAAGCAGGAAUCCUGUAAGUUAGUAUUUCCAAGCUUGUAAUGUUACAAAAAAAAGCAAUUUUAAUUUACACAGUAUACAAAAUAAAAUAGUUUACUUUGUUUUUAGCGUUGCCGGAUUUGUCACGUGUGCUGUGUCGCCACUUCACGUACCUGGCGUCAGCUGUGGAUCAGCUGGAAAAAAAAAAGAAAAAUAACCAAACUACCUCCCUCUCUUGUUGCUUUCACGAAAGUAUUUGGGCUUUUGUGACUUAGCACCGUCAUAAUAAAACGUUCCUCUGGGUUUUGCCACGCAUACACUCGUUCAUAAUUUGCAUUUUGCUUGAAAGUAUCGCAUCAAAAGAGGAAAUGAAUAGUUAUUCCAGCAGGGUUUUCCUAUGGAGACAGUCACGACACGACACAAAAGGGGCUUCUCCCUAACGUUUGCAAUACGUGAUCACUGCAAACUGUGUGGCAGGCAAUGUCUACUUGCAAAUGUGGGAUGAUGUAUGCACCGUGCCAACCGCUCGCAGCCAGCGCUCGGCGCGCCUUCACAAAACGCACGCACGGAGCGGCGGCGGCGGCCACACAAACACAUACCCGUGCGGCUGGGAUGGUCAUGUGACCCCAAGCGGGCCAAUCACGAAUAAGGCCAUGGUGACAAGUUGUUGAUGCGAGCGAGAGCGCAGCGGUGCUUCUCCCGAUGCUAUGAGCAGCCGUAAGUUGUGGUGCGGGGAUAUUUCGAGUUAAUUUCGUGUAAAUUUUUCGCUGCUUACGAGCUCAACUCGGAUCAGGGGCCGAUUCAGCGGGCGUCGUCGACGCCCGCGAGCGUGACAAGUCGGAAAUGGCUUCAUCAGAUGAGCCUUUAUACCUGACGGUCGGUACGGAUGUGAGUGCGAAGUACCGUGGUGCCUUUUGCGAGGCGAAAAUAAAAAAAGUGAACCGCAUGGUCAAAUGCCGGGUUACCUUCAAGAACAACCUUGGCACUCACGUCAUCCCUGACGACCACAUCAAGGGAAACACUUUGCGGGUUGGUGCCCAUGUGGAGGCCAAGCACCCAGACAGGAACCAGUACUUUGAGGCUGUCAUUGGAAAACUCCUUGACUACAGCCAGUACACUGUUGUGUUUGAUGAUGGAGACGAGACGACGCUGCGUCGGACUUCUUUGUGUCUCAAGAGCGGCCGUCACUUUGCAGAAAGCGAGACUUUGGACCAGCUUCCCCUCACCAACCCUGAGCACUUCGGUACGCCAGUCAUGGGCUCCAAGCUCAAGCGAAAGCGCCGAUCCAUGCUGUCCAUUGCUACUAUGGAAGAAGACAGCAGUGACGAAGAGUCAGCCCCCACCCCUCCGCCGGCCCCAACGCCGCCGCGCCGGGCCACGCCCACUUCGGGGUCGAGGGGGAGUAGCGCCUCCGCGGGAGGGGGUUCGAGGGCCACCACCCCGUCCUCGGAGUGGCGCAUCGGCCGGGUGGCCAUCCUGGAGACGGGCGACAAGCGCAAACGGGACUCAUGGGCUCCGGUGCUCGUCGUGAACCCAACCGGGGCGGCGGGGCAGGGCAUCAGCACCCCCCUGCCUCGGGACGACGUCGUCAUCCGGUCAUUCAGGGAUGCCAAGUUCUUACAGGUAAACAAGCGAGAUCUGCGCGAGUUCUCGCGAGACGACGCUUCCGCACGGGCUGAGACCAACCCCCUGCGCCUAGCCGUGGAGCGGGCGCUCACUUUCCUCGACCGAGGCGAGCUGCCCACGGGUUGGCAGGGCAGCGCGCUGCUCCUUUCCAGCGGCUCCGCCGUUCCGUCGACUCCACCAACACCUUCCCGGGCCACCGCUGGAUCGGCGUCGCCCGCUCCCGCUGCCAACGAUGCGGGCAGCGGCAGCAACUCGGCCUCCACGGCUGACGAUGAUGGCCACGACUCACAGUCGGACGUGUCCGACGACGAGCCUAGUGAGGAAAAAGACCGGUUUGUGGCACAGCUGUACAAGUUCAUGGACGAACGUGGGACGCCCAUCAACAAGGGUCCCGCAAUGGCUGGCCGCGACCUGAACCUGUACCGGCUGUUCCGGGUGGUCAGCAAGCUGGGCGGAUGCAACCGCGUGACCAACCACAACCAGUGGAAGACGGUCUACACCCGGCUUGGGCUGCCUUCCCCCGCCAACCAGUCCAACGCGCACCUGCUCCGGGGCGCCUACAAGAAGUACCUGCAGAGCUUUGAAGACUUCUACCGCAAGCUCGGUUGCACGAUGGUGUCGAACCCGCGGUCAGGGAGGGUGCGUCACCGGUCGGACCGCAUCAUGACCCGCAACCAGGACCGGGGACUGGCCCUCUUUGCUCGCAAGGACAAAGAGCAGAAGAAGAAGGAAGAGAAAGCCAAAGAGGAAGACAAGGACAAAGACAAGGACAAGGAAAAAGACAAGGACAAAGACGAGGACAAGAAGGCCAAGGACAAGUCAGCAGCAGCAGCGGCCGCAACUCCCCCUGUUGUGGUCAAAGAGGAGCCGCCUCCAGAGAAGCCGAGACCAUCACGAACGUCCAGGGUCAAACAGGACGAAGAGAGCAGCAGUGGUGGUAAUGGUACAGCGUCGGCCCCGUCUCCGGCUUCGGCUGCCAAGCCGACUGCUGCGGCUGCGGCGGCAGCAGCAGCAGUAGCAGCAGCAACAGCAGCAGCAGCAGCAGCAGUGGCGGCAGCCACUGUGAGCCAGGAUGACACUAAGGUCCGAACAAGGGAAGAUGCCCGCCGCGAGAAGCAUGACAGCCCAGAAAAGCGGGAGGCCAAGUCAUCGUCGGUGCCUCCGCCGCCGCAACGUAAGUGUGAGAGUGUCGAGAGCGCCGAGACGGACUCCGCGAAGGAGCCAGCGGCGGCAGCGGCGGCAGCUGCAGCAACGCCAACCCCAGUGGAGAAGUCGCGAGCCUCCAAGUCCAAAGACACGGAGACCACUCCAGCGACCACACCGAAGCGGCAGCCCAAAAAGAACAAGACAGAAGAGCCAGCUGAGAAGGAGAAGGUUGAAGACAAGACAAACAGCAGUUCAGCGGCUCCAGUUGAGCCAGAAACAAAGCCGGAGCCGCUUCCCCGGCCAGAGAGUGGGGAGCCCUCGCGCAGGUGUUCCCUGGACAUGAGCAUCGACGUGGGCGACCGGGUCAAGGUCAAGUACGGGCGCGGCCGGCAGCUCAAGAUCUACGAGGCAAAGGUGCUACGCAUUGAGGAAGAGUGUAGCGAGAAGAAGUUCUACGUCCACUACACGGGCUGGAACAUGAGGUACGAUGAGUGGGUCAGGAAAAAUCGCAUUGUGGAGAACGUCACGGAUAAAACAUCGAGAAGGAAACGCCUGCAGAAGGAGAAGCAGCAGGCAGACGCUUCGUCACAGCAGAAGGCGCAGUCUGGCCCUAACGGCAACCAACAAUCUCCAGCUCCAAGCACACCGAACAAUGCCCCCGGCUCAUCUGAGUCUCCGUCUUCUGGCAAGAAAACGGUGCGCAGAGGUCGUCCACCCAGUGUUUCGUCCAACCGUAGCAGGGCCCUGUCCGCGACUCCACCCCCUGGGAAGCCCUCACCAAACGCUGUGUCCACGCGGGCCUCGCGGUCAGAGCGAGUCCUGGCCUCCGAUCAGCUGUCCACCAGCGGCUCGGAACCGCUGCGUCGGAGCCGGCGGAAGUCUGGAACGCACUCGCCACCUGGUCCGGAUGACGACGACGAAGGCUCGGCCGACGAUGACGACGAUGUCUCUCUGAAGAGCCACAUCUCGAUCAAAAUUGAACCAGGUGAACCGUCGGAGGAGACGGAAAAGACUAUGUCAGCAAUGGCCACCGACUCCAGCGAAGAUGCUCCGUUGCCAAGCCCAGAGCCAAAGCCGGACAUCUUGGAUCAUGAGGUUGUGAUGAAGGAGGAGCCUCCAGAGGAAGCGGAGGAGAAGAUGGAGUGUGACGACGAGGACACGGACAUCGACGAGGGCUCGGCCACAAGUCUGGCUGCAUUCGUCGCAGCUGCACGAGCUCAGAGCAAAGAGGACGCGCAAGAGAAUGCCGCCGUAGAAGGGGGCGACGAGGAGAGUGAAGGUGAGAUGACGAUGCACAUCGACGAGGAAGCCACAAAAGUGGCGGAGGUCGAGGAAGUUCUCGACACUGCGGUUGCCGAUGAAGAGGACAGCUUGCUGGAAGAAGGCAGCCUGGUGAUCUUUGAGGACGAGAAAGCGGAAGACGUUGCCGACGACGAAGAACAGCCACCCACUGAGCCCGAAGUGGUGGCCGCUGCAGCUGUUUCUUUGAAACAAGAGAACGAGUGCACCAUUGUUGAAGAGAAAAGUGAAGUUGCCGAGGAGGAGCUGAAGGAAAUCGAACAUCCCGAGGUCAUUCCCCCCGUCGAGACAAGUAGGCCUCCUACCAUCACUGCGACGCGCGUGAUCACUAUUUUCCCACCAGCACCAGAGCCAGAGGCAGUGAAGCACAUUGAUUGGCUGAAACGCGAAGAGUUGUCAAACAAGGAGGACGUCCGUGAAGAGAAGGAUGAAGAGGGGGAGGAGGCUGAGGACAAACCGGAGGUCGAAAUUCCACCCUCACCACCGGCCAUCGAGAACGAGGACAACAUUGAGGAGGAGGAGGAGCUUGCGGCAGAAAGCAUCAGUGACGUGCUUCUUCUACCCCCUUCGCUAGUUGCCAAGGAGGGUCCAGAGAGGGACGCCCUGCUCGCGCCAGAGCACUCGCUCCCUGCCUCAGAGUUUGACGUCUGCAAGGACGAGGAUGAGGAAGAUGAAGAGCUGCCCAAGGAAGAAGAGGAGGAGGAUGACGACAACGCCGAGCCGAUUAGCCCCGUGGGGAGUGCUGACAGGGAGCCGCCGGCGAGUGUUGUGGACCGCAUCGAAUUUGUCAAGGAAGAGUCAGAGUCUGCGUCCACGCAAGACUUCUACAAAGUGGCCCUCUCGCUCAGCGACGACGGCAGCAACUCCAACGUCCUCCAUAUCGAAGAGGAAGGCAUGAAGGGCAUUGGGGAGCCUGUGGAAUUCCCGCCAGUAUGUGGUGAGACGGUCGUGUCAGCUGCAGAGGUUGAGGUAGGCCCCGCCGAAGGCAGUGAACCCGCAGCGAAGCGGACGGUUAAGCGGAAGAAGUUUAAGGGGACAAAGACGAAAUUCGGAGCUGAGGUGAAGCUCAAAGGCCGUAAGAAGAUGAAAGGUCAGUUGCUGCCAGAUGGCACAACGGCCAAGGCUCCCCGCUUGAAGAAGUGCCGAAAAGUUAGUGAUGGGGAGCAGCGAGUGGUGAAGAAACGGAAAAAAUUGAAGAAUGCGGAUGGCAGCGAGGAACCGACCGAUUUAGGCAUGAAGAAGGCGAAGCGCAAGAUCCGUAAGGCCAGCAAAGACCAUCCAGAAGCCGGCAAGAAGGGCAAGCGAAAGAAGCUGAUGAGUGGCGCUUCAUACGAAGAUUCUGAUGACACAGGAGACGUUGAGAGGACAUUUGCGGGCAAGAUAAAACGUGAGAAGCGCAAGGCCGUUGCGCGCCCCUCGCCACCGUUCCACCAUGACUACCUGUCAACUCUGGCCGAAGUGUGCGGUCAGGAAGUGGAGAUGAAGGCGACGGCAGCGGCGGCGACAGAGUCUCAGGCUGAGUCGGCCGACUCUCUCUUCUUGCUGUGUGAAGAGAAGGUUCCGGCAAGUCCCACGCGUGAGGGUGACGACGAAGCAUCGCAGCAGCCUCAGCAUCACCAUGCUCACGGUCAUCAUCACCAUCAUCACCACCACCAUCACCAUCACCAGCAUCAUCAGCACAUGCAUCAUCCACAUUCCUCACAUCAUCAACCACCGCAGCAACAGGCACAGCAACCGCCGCAGCUGCAACAGCAGCAGCAGCAAGGCCCUUCAAAAAUGGACAUCUUCACAUCUGUUGCCGAGGCAGCCUUGGCAGGACCGUCGAGCGGAGAUCCAUCGGCGGCCGUUCUGGACAAUACACCCCCAACAACUCCAGAUGACAGUGGCGGCGCUGAGAACGACUCGCCCUCUUCAUCACUCGCAGGUUCACCACGACGAGAUGGUGACAACUUUCAUGGCAUCGACGGUGAGAGCACUAUGUCAGCAGACUCGGAGAACAGCCGGGGUUCUGCAGACGGAGCGGUUGGCUUCAAAGAAGGCGGCGAGGACUCAUCGUCGUCGAGGGAGACGGACAGUGCCUCUUCGGCGGAGCGGCACAAAAUGCUGGCGGGGACGAAGCGGCCACCUUCACACGACGAUGAACAGCUCCUUAGACAUGGAAAGCGGGCGAGAAAAGCAGCACGCAAGGCACUUCUCUCUGCUGUGCGCAGGGACUCGAAAGGGAAGACGCACCGGGCAUCACGGAGAGAGUCGUCGUUGCCAAUGUCGUCGACGUGUGACAGUCGCUCCUGCACACCAACGUCCACAGCAACCACAUGCACAGCCAUGAUGCCCGGCAGUAUGCACAUGGGCAGCUUCCACCGGCCGUCCAAGUUCAACUUUGACCUGCCUCUGGACGGCAACAUGGACGCCGAAAAGCGGAUAGCUGUCCUCCAGGACCGGUUGACAGAGCUCCGUAAGGUCUACAUGCAGCUGAAAGCCGAAGUGGCCGUCAUAGACCGGCGGCGCAAGCGUGCCAAGAAAAAAGAAUCGAGCGCGCCUGUGCUGCCGAGUAUCUCCGCUGUCAUCGUCUCCCAGCCAGGGGCCUGUUCUUCUCCCCCGACCUCGCCGCGGCCCGUCGAAGUGCACUGUUCGUAACAGCACGACCCGGCACUCAUCGUUUCCCCCAUCGCUUCUUCACAUUCUCCUCCUCCGUCCUCCGCAACUGCCAUCCAGUGCGGAGGACGGAGUCCCGGCAGUGCUCAUCGCGAUACCCACUGCCACCUUCGCCAGCGCCAUUUGUGAGGGGCGACAGUGUGCCGCCCCUCGUCAUCAGCCAUCGUCAACAAACCCUCUCUGCUUCUUCUUCGGUCUGCCCACAUGUCUCGCGACCGCUCCCGGUGUGUCCUGUGCUUGUAUGUAUAGUUGUUUUCGAAGCUGUUUGCAUUGUCCCCCAUUUGUCUUAAGCGCUCCGGUUGCGUGCAGAGCUCUGAAUUUGUGUACCUAGCAAUCGCAACAUCAGGAGUGCCCGGCACCAUACUGUAUCCGCCACAGGCUCAACACCUGGGACGGAGAUCCUAGAUCUUGCGCUCUCGGUUGAGACGGGGCUGCUCACAGUCGAAAAGGAGCUAGUUUUUCUUGCAGGUUGUGAAGUGUGCUGUUGAUUUUGUUUGUUGCGAAAAGAAAUGUAUUUAAUCUUGUAAGCCUAUAAACUAUAUGAUCUACCACAAUCUAAUUACAGUCAGACCUUGACACAAAGAGCACAGAUGUUAUGAAAUAAAUUAGAAUUUUCUUGCCAAUAUCAGCGUUUUACAGAUAUGCGUUUUUAGCAAAUUUCGGAUGUAACGAAGGUAUUUUGGUAAGGAAUGCGCCUAUGAGAUUUGACAGUAUCAGAUUAUGGGCGCAUGGUGGCCCAUUUGUGUUGUAUCAGAAUCGCGGAGAGCAUUUAGCUGUGGUUGCGUGUGCAGAGCAUGACUUGCAAUGUUCGGGAUCGCACUGCCGUUCUCUUGUGACCGUGAACUUCAUCGAAGCAAACUGUGCAAAAUGGUGCCACGUCGCAAUUUGGACCCUGAGAGGUGUGCAUAUUCCAGGGGUACUCGCUAGUGAUUCUACUGAACUUGGCUGUGGCAAAUGUUUUUCUUCAGUGCAAAUCGAGCAAGAGCGACCGUAUCAAGGCUGCCGGGAAAGUUGUUACUCGUGAGUCACUCGGGACCAAGAAGGAUCAACAAACGGCUACAUUUCCGAUUGCCUUUCACACCUGGUAACAUGAUAUUAUUGAGACGCCUGCGCAACUUUCUGCUACUGCUUCUUGAUUUUUGUCUUGGCUCGUCUUGGCUCUGCCAUCCAGAGUUGUUGCCAAGUUCCGUGCCCUCACUCGGUACGCAGUGCAGAAAAGCGACCCAUAUGUUGUUGCAGUUCAGGCUUUUAUGUCAGCAUGAUGACAGGUACAGGUUGUGACUGGUGCGUUGAUGUCUUGGUCAGAGACGGUCACAAAUAUCCGAUUGUGCAGAGAUUGUGCCUUGCCUGCUUGCGAUGUGAUUUGAAGGUUUGCGAAUUCCAAGAAGGGCCACAAUUUGUGCUUACUUGCUACACUCUUCAAGGUGUCAGGUGCCAUAGACCGCCGUGGCAACACCGUGCGUGUAACGUACCAUUUUCAUCUAUGUCACUUGGUACUCUACCAACAAAAAUAGAACGUUAUUAUUAUGAUAUCUUUUGCGAAAUUAUCAGCUUGACAAAAAAGUGCCUGGUGUUGUGCCGAGAGUGAUGCUCUGAAAACAAUGUUCUUGUUUCUUUUUGCCUCAAAUUAAUUUGUUUCAUCCUUCAUUGCGCAAUGUUCUGUACCACCAGGCUGGGCCGUGCAGUGAAGUCGGUCUGCUGCCAGUGUCAGGAGAAUACGCACAUUGCGGGAGUGGUGUACGGAGAGGGGGCAAGGGGGUGCGACAAUCGUACGCUCGAAGCCUGUGAUUGUGCUUUGCGUUAUAUUUGUGCUAGGUGCGUGCGAAUUGUACUUUUUCAGACUGAAUUGAAUAUGAAUUGAAUAGUGUCGCAAGCAAAUCUAAUUGAAUAUGAAAUGCCAUUGAAAUACCGUAGUUUCCAAAUAACGAACAGAUAUAUUCAGCUGCGACAUAGAGCGAGGUUGACGUCCUAAUAUUCGUAAUUUUGAUGAGCCUUUCUGAUUACAUUGUGCAUUAUGAAGCAUUGUUUAUUAAGACCCAUAAAUGGGAGCAUUAGGAAAAGAGAAAUAACCAGCUCGUUCACAUUAUGGAGGGCUUUUAGAGACUGCGUAUGAUCACUUCUUAGCCAGUAAGAUCUGGCUCCCCGAGCAACGUAACGCUCUCCGCUAUGCAACUCCUUAUGUUUUAUGUCUAUGUGGCCACAGUGAUGCAAUUUAAAGUAUUUCUGCUCCAAUUUGUGUGUUCUGGUGUUGUUGACAACUUGAAGUAUUAGAAGAUUAUUCAGAAAAUAUUAGCAUUUACGGAUGCUGGUUAUUCGAUUUGAAGGCCAAAUCCAAUAGGACAAUAUUCGAUUCAUCAUUCACAAUUUCUUUUAUAUUCACAAGCUCCUAACUUAUACUGUUUUUUUAUUAUUCAUUUUUCUGCUCUCUGGGCCAAGAAAAAGUUCUCCCUCAAAUUGUGUUCACUUGGUUUGUGCAGAUAUGAUAUUUAAUCUUGUUUCUUUGUGGAAAAGUAUCUAUUUUUCGACAUGCGGAAGUUCUGAUCAAAGAGAGUGCUGACAGAUCACCAGUUUUGUCAGCCACGUUUACCUUUUUAUUUUUUUCGUUCGGUCAACACAAUAUGUGUGUCACAUAUCGAACUUGUGUUCAUGUGUCUAUACCUGCGUUCAUGUGAACCUGUAUUGGUGACCACGUUCAGGCAUUAACUGUAAAAAAACGAAGAAAAAUGUGCUUUUUGAUGCCUAUAUAGAUGAUAUUGAGAAUCGUGAAGGAAAUACUGCAUAGGUAAAGCACAGCUGUGAUUUGUGGCUUUUAAUAACGUGUUAGAAAAACUAUUUGGAUACUCGCAAAAGUGCAGUCCCGAUUUUUUUUUUUUCUUUAUUGCAUAAUGUCACAUGUGAAACUUGCCUUGAGGUUGUACACUAUUCUUUCUUUUUCUAAUAUAGAGCACCCUCUUGCUAUCUCGUCAUUGGUUAUAAGUGAGAAAAGGCAUGAUGGUCUGGAGAUUCUGCAGAGUCGCCAGCAACUUUCGAACCACUUUUUUCGACGGAGGAGAAGAAACAUUACAGUGUUGUUGAGUUUCUUAUUGGUCAGACAUUUUCUUAAAGCGUAAGCUGUAACGCACUUUCACGUUUUCAACCACGAAGCCUGGCAACCUGUGACGCUCCACUGUGCUGCUCUUGUCCAAAUGCAAAUCUGUCAUGUUGAUUCCCAACAAAGGAUGCACUUUACUGCCAUUCGCUAAAAUUGCGCUCUGCUAUAUAUGUCAUGGAAAGACGUUAUCUUGAGCUGCCAUCGUCGUCUUCCGCUUUCAGCUGAUUGCUCUGCGAUCUGUGUUGCAGUUUGGAUGGCAUUUAUUGUCACAGGCAAUGCCAUGUGCUGACACAUCCAGAUUGGGAUGCAACUUUGCUUUUCUUUAAUGCUGCGUGUACGUUUAGAGAGAUUUGCAAUAUUCCAAGUCAAGGAAUUGUCCUGUGUACUUGAAAUGAGACAGUGUUGCUGAGGGGUUCAGGGCGACUCCAUUCUUCUGAAUCUAGGCCUAACUUGUAUGUCGGCAUCAGUGACUAACUACGGUCAGUUGUGAGCAUUGUGCAGCUAGCUAAUUGGCAAGCUUUCGUGCUUCAGCAAUGCCAGGUUACACAGUUUGAAUGUCUAGCUUAAAUUACAUGCUCUUUUCCUUACCACGUCACUUCUGGUGCAUCCUGUUUAGCAUGAGUGGUAUUUAGGGUUUCGAGAAAUUGUUAACACUGACUCUCGUUCAACGUGCCAUGGCUUCCUUUCGCAUUUCGGCAUUUGUUACCAUAACAAUGGUUAUGCUAGCGACGUCUUUCCCCAACACUCACCUUCUGUUGCGUAUUCCGUACGCACCAGGCACUGAUGGCCAGUGUCCCUGGUUGCGGGACACUAUGUAACUUCAGUUCAUUUCUGUAGGCACACGUUUCAUAGCUUUGUCAUGUAUGUUAAGUUGUCACGACACGAAAGAAAUGUUUUUACAACUGCGGCAAGUGUUUCAUGCUUACAGACUUCUUCCAUACGCUCAAGUAAUGCCGUUUUUCAGUCAAGUUCAUAUUAAUGCCCUCGAAGGUCGCCCUGCAGGAAAUAUUAAAUAAUAGAUUGUUUGCUUCAAAGACAACCUACGAACUGCAUAGCUUGCCAUAUGCUGUCAACUUGUGUUGCUCCAAAACCGUUGAGCCAGGCAACCUUGUCACUUCACCUCAAUUGGCAAGCAUAAUUGAAACGGGAUUAAGACUUUUCUUUUAAGUCAAGUAGCAGGAGAAACUUGUUUGGUGUGUCUCCCAGAAGCAUUUCUUGUCUCGUCCUUGACUUUUUGCAUCGAGGCACCUGCGAGGGGUCAACCGUUCAACGGAUGGCAAUGCCAAAUGCAUACUGAAGCUGAGCUUGUUGGAGCAAAGUUUAUUCUCGCUCCAUGACGCAAAUGACCUAACUAUGCCAGUAGUCCAUCCUGCGGUAGCGGGACCAAGUGGAUCAGGCCUGUCCAUGUCUUCGUUGAAGGAUCAUGCAUUGGCCAGCCUGAGCAGUACAGGACUCCGUAACAUUUAAAAAAAGAAGAAAGAAAUAGGCAAUAACUGGAUCGAGUCGAUGAUGAUGCAACAAAUGGAGGGAGAAGGCUACAAGUUUUUAGUGGACUCUUUUUUUUUUAUUAUUUAUUUAUGACCUUUUUACAUGUUUUACACUGUGUCGCAUUAUAGCGACAUCUCUGUGGCUGUACAUAUAGCCUUGGUCAUUGUUACAUUUACAGUUGACGAGGUUCCCCUUCUCGCUUCUGUUUGUUUUGAAACCAUAAUCGUGAUUAUUAUGUAAGACGUUCAUAUCUAUCGUAGUGGUAACAAUUUCCUUUCGCCCCCUUCUUUCUUGUUAUACUGAUGGUUUCAUGUUAAGUUAUUUGUUCAUUCGAGGAGACCCUUUUCUUCAAGGAUGUAUGAAAGCUGUUAUGUUCCUCACAGGCGUAUGUAAAGCCUGUGAACGCAGAGGAUUUUGCAAUUCCGUCAAACCCUAUGAAGCCUCUGCCGCGUGCUACGCCCAAAGAUCGGCCAAAGCGCAUCUAAACAUCCGAAGGGAGACAAGUGCAUGUUGUUUUCGUUGGAGGCCAUGCUUUCUGUCUGUGUGUGCGCGCACGCAUUUGCGUACUCAUCUACCGAGGAGCGUCUGCUUUCCCCGAACGUUUAUACUUGCGGUUGCAAGAGAUGUCUACCAGGAGUAACCGCCACAACCGGAUGUCGGUGUGGGACACCGUUGCUCGUGCGGUGAUCGACGGACACCUGUUUGUCGCUUGUCCGGAAUUCUCGGUGGUGCGUGCCGGACAGCUCAGAAACGUCGAGGACAGAGAGACGUGUAUUUAAGACUCUGGUGUGUCUCCUUCGUUUUUUUUUUUGUUCCUGUACAUAACGUUGAUGUAAAAAGACAUGGUGCAAUGACGUUGGGAGUGCUGCAAAAGGACAGUGGUGAUUUGCGUUCCCCCUUGCGCGGUCUGCGUGGAAAAGAAACGUCACUGCAAUGUCGCCGAUGCUGCAAAGCGUGCAUGCCGUGGUCAACGCAAAGUGACUCUACGCUACGCGUGCAUGACAACUGCGUGUCUGCAUCUUUUUUUAUCGCUGUCAGCAAAUUUGUAUCGACACUGCAGUCGCAUUGGUACAGGCAACGUCACCAUUUCUUUUAUUUAUGUUUUCCUGCCGAAUCUUUGUGUGCAUUGUGUAAGAAAGUCCACGCUUAUGUUCCAGCGUGAGAAAGUGCUUGUACAGUUCCCCACAUUAUGAUGGCACAUUCGCAUGAGUUUUUAGAUGUAAUUAUUACUGUAGCCAUGCUGUGUGUUUGUCUACCCAUGAAAGAAUGAUAUCCACCCGCAUAGUAUAAGCCGGUAAAAUAAAUGUUUAUCCUACUCGUA